AGUACUGCACUCUAAGUAAGGAAGAGGUCAGUACAUCGUCUACAAGAGAAAGCCACAGUGAGGCAGUCCUGUGAUGAGUAUAAAUACCUAGAGAGGUGUUCGACUCAUAGCGACUUACUGACAGGAUGAAUGCACUUCAGCGAGUGAUGCUUGCUGCAGUUUUCAGCACACUGACAUAUGAUGCCACGUAUGGAGAGGAAAUCAUUCAUGGUAAGAAAGCCAAGAAGAACUCCCAGAAGUACAUGGCAUCAGUGCAGGUCAACGGGAAGCACAAAUGUGGAGGAUUCCUCAUACACGCCAGCUACGUACUCACUGCUGCCCAAUGUGAUUACAGGGGGAGCAUGAGCGUAGUCCUCGGGGCUCACGACAUCUCUGCAAACAAUCUGAUCAGAUAUAAAGUGAAAGACAGGCACAAAUGCCUAUCAUACAAAAAAGUCAGCACUGGGGAUGACAUUAUGCUUCUGGAGCUUUCCAAGAAAGUUCAACAGGGUAAAUCUGUGAAGACUGUCAAAAUCCCGAGCAAGGACAAACCAUUCAAGCCAAACACGAAGUGCCUGGUGGCAGGAUGGGGAAAGACAGAGAAACAAAACGCAGUAAAUGACCUCAUGGUGACCUAUGUGUCAACCAUAAGUGACAAAGACUGCAAGAAGAAGUGGAAUAAUACACUCCCACAUAAUGUGCUGUGUGCAGGGACAAAAAGUGGUGUAUGCCAGGGUGAUUUCGGUGGGCCUUUGGUGUGCGGUGAUGUAGCAGUGGGCAUUGCCUCCUUUACUUCCAACAGAGAUUGCAAACAUUCAAAUGUACCCGAUGUCUACACUCAGAUUUCAAAGUACAUACCCUGGAUUAAGAAAAUAAUCAAGAAAGGCCUACUGAAAAAUAAAGCAUGCAGAUAAAAAUAGUGGUUUUCUGGACCACUGUUCAAGAGGACGAUAGCACAAAUACAACAAUGUACCCAGUGAUAAGACAGACAACUACUUCACCCAUGUCCUCCGAGAAAAGGUGCGAGGCACAGCGGUGUGAGGAAAUCACACGAGUGCACAAUUAUAGAGAAGUAUGUGGUGGAUGGCAACAGCUUUCAAGAGCUACUGAGGUACACUGAGCCAAAGCUAGACCCGGUCA